UCAAGGAUGACGACUACCAAGCUGGUGCUCCUAGACCUCGUCCUUUUGGUGCUUUGUUCAGGUGUUAUUUCAAAGGACAGAAUAGACGAGGGAUCAUAUUUCCCCCACAGUUGCGAUAUACAUGUUGCCUCCAAGUCAUGUCCAUCCAAAGAUGAAUGUCUGAAACUAUGCAAACAAACGUACCACUCCGGCAAGGUCUAUGGUGAAUGUGCUCGUGAUGGAUGCCACUGCAUAGUCUGUGUGUUAUCUGCAGGAAACUAAGGAUACUACCAAACCUUGCACGGCGUACGCUGCAUGUUGUUUUCUAAGAUUUGGAAUAUUUUUAGUAAUAAUAUUUACAUGUGCAUGUAGAAUAUAUCUUAAAGCAUGU